ACCUCUUCCUGUCGGUGUCAGAAAGGCAACUUCACCAUAUUUAGCUGGCUUGCCGAAGCCCCGCACAGUUGAUCUGUCAACCAGACCCGAAAAACUUGACAGAUAUCGGCUGACUCUGGUCUGUGUUGACAGCUUUAUUUCUUUGCGCCGGGAUACAAACUACGGAAGACGACGUCGUUGGAGUAUGUUGCUGUGGCAACGGGGCCGUGUCAGCGUCGGGUUUAUAACGCGAUAAGAAGUGAACCGUCGUCUGUCAGAAUUCCUAAUAUCCAACAGCUUAGCCAUCUAGCUAAUCAUUUUGGGCAACUCAAGAGGGCUCGCUGUGCCGAAAAUACAGAUAUAUGUCGUGUGAUUUAACCUUCAUGUAUCGUUAGGUGUUCGUCGGGACUCGGUGACUCCACUGCUAUGAUAUCCUGACAGCUCCCGUCCUCCGUCCCCUGCCACUUUCCCGAAGCCUGGCCAGAGAGCUAACGUGGCUAGCUAGCAGGUUUUCACUGCCGCUGAGCAACCAGUAGCUUUCUCCGUGGCAGUGAAAUCUGAUUGGAUACGUUGACCGUGUGAAAGCGGCGGUGUGCGGGGUCACCGAGGACUUCUGACCGGUGAAACGACCGUACCAAAGGACCCCCGCCCCCCCCCCCCCCCUCCAAUUUGACAGCUUGUGAGGAGUCCAGAGCGCUUGGACCUUCAGCGCUGCAGAGGCGGCGCACUGCCGAAGGAGACACCGGAUUGAACGGAGGAAGAGUCCCAAAGGUUUGACAACUGUGAUCCGGGUAGUGAACCGGGCAGGACCUCAUGAAUGGAAAUCGGAACUCCAGCCGCCGUUGGGGCUCAGUCCCUGUUCUCCAUGCCACGGCGGCCCGGCUAUGGCACCAUGGGGAAGCCCAUCAAGCUGCUGGCCAACUGCUUCCAGGUGGAGAUCCCCAAGAUGGACGUCUACCUCUAUGAGGUGGACAUCAAGCCUGACAAGUGUCCGCGACGAGUCAACAGGGAGGUGGUUGACUCGAUGGUGCAGCACUUUAAGGUGACCAUCUUUGGGGAUCGCAGGCCAGUCUACGAUGGAAAGAGGAGCCUGUACACAGCCAACCCGCUGCCUGUGGCACCUGCAGGGGUGGACCUUGAUGUCACUCUACCGGGGGAGGGAGGGAAAGAUCGGCCCUUCAAAGUUUCCAUCAAGUUUGUGUCUCUGGUCAGCUGGCACAUGCUCCACGAGGUGCUGACCGGCCGCAGCAUGCCUGAGCCUCUGGAGCUGGACAAACCCAUCAGCACCAACCCCGUGCACGCAGUGGACGUGGUGCUGCGACACCUACCCUCCAUGAAGUACACUCCAGUCGGUCGGUCCUUCUUCUCGGCUCCUGAGGGCUACGACCAUCCCCUGGGAGGUGGGAGGGAGGUUUGGUUCGGCUUUCAUCAAUCUGUGCGCCCUGCCAUGUGGAAGAUGAUGCUAAAUAUUGACGUGUCUGCCACUGCCUUCUACAAGGCCCAGCCAGUCAUUCAGUUCAUGUGUGAAGUGCUGGACAUCCACAACAUAGACGAGCAGCCUCGGCCUCUCACAGACUCACACCGGGUCAAAUUCACCAAAGAAAUCAAAGGUUUGAAGGUGGAGGUGACGCACUGUGGAACCAUGCGGAGGAAGUACCGUGUCUGCAACGUGACCCGCCGGCCUGCUAGCCAUCAAACGUUCCCCCUACAGUUGGAAAAUGGUCAGACUGUAGAGCGUACUGUAGCCCACUACUUCAGGGAGAAGUACAACCUGCAGCUUAAGUACCCUCACUUGCCCUGUCUGCAGGUGGGCCAGGAGCAAAAGCACACCUAUCUGCCUCUGGAGGUUUGUAACAUUGUAGCUGGUCAAAGGUGCAUCAAGAAGCUGACAGAUAAUCAGACCUCCACUAUGAUCAAAGCCACAGCCCGCUCCGCACCCGACAGGCAGGAGGAGAUCAGCAGGCUGGUGCGCAGUGCCAACUACGAGGCAGACCCAUUCGUGCAGGAGUUCCAGUUCAAAGUGCGCGACGAGAUGGCCCACGUGACGGGGCGAGUGCUACCCGCCCCCAUGCUGCAGUACGGCGGCAGGGUGAGCACAGAGCACUUUAUGAACCGCACCGUGGCCACGCCCAGCCACGGGGUGUGGGACAUGAGGGGGAAGCAGUUCCACACCGGGGUGGAGAUCAAGAUGUGGGCCAUCGCCUGCUUCGCCACACAGCGGCAGUGUCGGGAAGAAAUCCUUAAGGGUUUCACAGACCAGCUGCGCAAGAUCUCAAAGGAUGCUGGGAUGCCCAUCCAGGGCCAGCCAUGUUUCUGUAAAUACGCCCAGGGAGCGGACAGCGUGGAGCCCAUGUUCAGACACCUGAAGAACACCUACGCCGGGCUGCAGCUCAUCAUCGUCAUCCUGCCGGGAAAGACUCCCGUCUACGCUGAGGUGAAGCGUGUGGGCGACACCCUCCUGGGCAUGGCCACGCAGUGUGUGCAGGUGAAGAACGUGGUGAAGACGUCCCCCCAGACCCUCUCCAACCUCUGCCUCAAGAUCAACGUGAAGCUGGGAGGCAUCAACAACAUCCUGGUGCCUCAUCAACGACCAUCAGUGUUUCAGCAGCCGGUUAUCUUCUUGGGCGCAGACGUCACACAUCCGCCCGCUGGUGACGGGAAGAAGCCUUCGAUUGCAGCAGUGGUUGGCAGUAUGGACGCCCACCCCAGCAGGUACUGUGCCACUGUGCGGGUCCAGAGGCCGAGGCAGGAGGUGAUCCAGGACCUGGCCUCCAUGGUGCGGGAGCUCCUCAUCCAGUUCUACAAGUCAACCCGCUACAAGCCCACCCGGAUCAUUUUCUACAGGGACGGAGUUUCAGAGGGCCAGUUCAGACAGGUGCUGUAUUAUGAGCUGCUGGCCAUCCGUGAGGCCUGUAUAAGCCUGGAGAAGGAGUACCAGCCCGGCAUCACCUAUAUUGUUGUGCAAAAACGCCACCACACACGCCUCUUCUGUGCCGACCGCAACGAGAGAGUUGGACGCAGUGGAAACAUUCCUGCUGGUACUACUGUGGAUACGGACAUCACGCAUCCCUAUGAGUUUGACUUUUACCUCUGCAGUCACGCUGGAAUACAGGGCACCAGUCGGCCCUCCCACUACCACGUUCUGUGGGAUGACAAUUGUUUUACCGCUGACGAGUUCCAGCUGCUCACCUACCAGUUGUGCCACACUUACGUGCGCUGUACCCGCUCGGUCUCCAUCCCUGCGCCUGCCUACUACGCCCACCUGGUGGCCUUCCGCGCCCGCUACCAUCUGGUAGACAAAGAACACGACAGCGCUGAGGGCAGCCAUGUUUCUGGUCAGAGUAACGGUCGGGACCCCCAGGCGCUGGCCAAAGCUGUUCAGAUUCACCACGACACCCUGAGGACCAUGUACUUCGCCUGAGCACCACCAACCCCUCCCCAAACCAUUGCCACAUUUUACACACACAAGAAAAAGAAAUACACACUGACACAACUGUGCACGCCUGGCUUGCCAGUCAAAGAGUCCUCAUAGGUGCAAGUCCCCCAACCCAACACACACACACACACACACACACACACACGCCUAGUCAAUCCGGACCUGACACUGUGCAGAGGAGAGCAGGGAGGAACGAGGGGAGGAGGCACCCCCACACUGGACUGAGGAUGCAAAAGCUGCUUUAAAUACAAACAAGACAGAAACUCAGCACUAUUAUGCAAUAUUUAACCAGCCAACCAGUUUGUUUUCUCCCUCAUCAGGCCCCCUUUGUUUUACCCCUUCCCUCUGUUUCUCCCCCGUUUGUCUCCUUUACUUAUGGCCUGAUGGUUGUUCUGUUUUUAUUUUAUUUUCCCUUUUCUUUUAGCUCAACCUCUUUCUCUAGUCUAUUAACGUGCUCCUUUGCCAUCUACAGUACCUCAAGUCAGUCAGAGCAGCAGCACUUUUACAUUCUGCCAGUUAAACUGUCGUUUGUUGAAUCUCUCCGGUGUUAGAAACGAGAAGAGAGCGAAAGGAAGGGUCUGAAGAUGUUUCGUGUUAGAUUUAUGUUGUGUUUUUUAUUCUAUCGGACUCGAGUCAUCCAAGCUACCACUUUUAUUGUCCCCUUUCCAUCUCUUUUUUUGUCUGUUCUGUCACAUUAUAGUGUGUGAAAGCAAGAGUUUACUUUGAGCACACUGCCACCUGUUGGCGACGAGGUAUACAUGCCCCCUUAAAAUCACAACAAAGAGUUACACAAUCAGUUGUGAUUGAACUAAAACAGUCGGCUGUCUCAUUGAAACAGAGUCACCCCAUAGUGGCUGAUGUAUCAAUUACUCUACAGUAUGUAUUUCAUUUAAAGUAUAACACUGUUAUUUAAUUCAGUUUAUUUUUUCUUCUACAUUAUGUGAAACAUUUUAUGAUUUUUUUGAUUAAUCAUUUAAACCAUGCAAGCUUAUUUUUUAUUCUCAUUCCUUAUUAGUCUGCAUGCUUUUAUCCCCCCUCGGUGCUUUUUUAUCACAUUUCUCUCUGUUGUGUUUGAGAUGGUGGGUGAAUCGAGAUCACGUCGACGGUUUCCUCUAGUGCAAUAAUCAGGCGGAACGAAGGGAGGAGGAUUGUAGGGGACUUUGGCCCAAGAGUUUGGGCACUUUCAUGAAUUGCUCCGCUGUGAGACGAUUGAUCAGCGCGUUGUACGAUAUUGUCCUUGCCGUUGGGCAAAAAAAACAAAAAAACAACAACCCUGCAGUUCUCAUGUUUUUACUUGAAUUGAAAGGAUGUUAUGGACCUCUGUGGUUGGAGGAGACUUUUACUAUCACCAGGUGUUAUUUCCGAGGUUUGUUAAUGAGGCUGAUUUUCUUCAUUCUUGAGAAUAAUGAAGCUUCUCAUGUAACUGCAGCAAAGUGGAGAGAAAAAACAAAAAGGCCAUAAAGAGAUAGUAUUCAAGUGCCUGGUGGAGGUUAAGUGUUCAGUGGUUAAAAGUAAAUAACUAUUGGAGCCUAUGUCAGCGGGGUUAAAUAACCAAGAAGCAUAUUCCAAUAAAUGGACAGCAUAAGAUUUGUUUUGAAAGUUCACCCGAUGCCUCUUGUUCCUCUCAACAACUGUCUACUGACUUUUCUAAACAUCUCAUUCAAUCAUCCUACAAUCACUGUGUGUGUUGUGUUCGCCUAUACAGCAGUGUUAGCUGUGUUAGUGGCUUUGCCGAGUUGUCUUUUUGCCUAAUCUUAGCCAGACAUGGAUCCAGCUGCUACAGUGCGCUCGUACCUAAAAAAUGACGGGGGGGGGGGGGGGUUUCAUGGGUAAUGGAGUCAGCCUUGUCAUCAUUAUGAGUCUUUCAAUAAUCAGUUUCAUUUGUCGUGGACAAGGUUUACUCCCUGCCCGUGAAACCGUCUGAGAGUUGGCUCCAGAUUCAAGCGGAGGAAUUCAGCAAGUGGCCGAUAUGUGACGAUAUGAAAACGUGUAUCUGGAUUGUGUUCGGCCACUUGGCUCCUCUGUGCUGCUGAAGCUUGUUUCGGAGGGGGAGGGUUUUUUUUAAAAGUAAUCUGCACUAAAAGAAGCUGUGUUUAGGGCGUGAACACAGGCGUGGUGCUACUCUGUCUGAAGCUGAACCUUUUUGUGAGACUCGAGAUGAGCAGGUGGGAAAAGGUAGAAGAUGGAAAAAAAGCCUCACUUACAUAAAGGCAGGAGAACGUGCUGUGGUCAGUGCAGGGGGGAGGGAGGGGGAGCUCUAGAUUGAGGGAUUUCACUCUGUAGUUCUGAUCAGAAAUAAUGUAGAAACGGUACACAUGUGGACGUGUCCCCCUCGGAGACUUAGGGUCCUACACUUGGACUGCCUUUCAUUGGCCAGUGGGUUUGAGCCUUCAUGAUUUCACUCAUAUCUGAAAGCCUUUAUAAAAAAAAAAGCCAGAUGAAAGUAUAUUUGUACAUUUUAAAUUAUCUAAUGCACACCACUUAUUUUUGCUAACAGAAUUGAAAAAAAAAUGUAGUCUAAAAAAAUAUUAAUCUUAGUAAAAACAUGUAUCCUGAUAAGUAAAAACAAAAAUGUAAUAACAAAGUUUUAUUAUCGCAAUAGACUGUUGACUUGUUCCUGUGUCACUGUGGUGUACGUGUGAACAGUGGUGGGGUUGUCGUGUUUGGACUGUCAAACUGUUAUCGAUCGGGAUGUGGACUCAAACCGCCUCGUGCUUUCAUGUUUGGAUAAAAAAACUGCGAGAUAUUGACAGUUAUUUUUCUUCUUUUUUUUAUUUUGGUAGAUGGUCAUACUUGUUGGAGGUUUGUUGUCGAGGAGAGAGGAAAUAUCACAAACUGCACUGCAGGAGGCUUUUUGUAUUUAGAAACAACAUGUUAAGUGUCGACAGGAGAAGACGAAUAGUUAAUGUAUGGAGCUCCUGCUCUUGAAUGUUUUCUUCAAAUGGUGCUGAUGCCUGCUCCUUAUCACGCCUGAAAAAGGAACGGGCGAGUGACUUUUUCAAAGUGGUUGUCCAUCGUCUUUGAGGACACGUUUGAUCAAACAAUGUCCUAACAAGGGGUAGUAGUUCUCCAUUUCUUUUCCCCUUUGUGUUAAAUCCUCGGUGGGGGGAUUUUACCUCCGGAUUGCAACCUCUGUUGCUUCCUCAGACUCCGAGUCACUUCAUGUCCUCGCAAAACACAAAGACUCAGCCUCCCGGUAAAUCUGCAGUGUGACAAAGCCUGUAAUCUUAUUGUUGCUCGCUUUCCUCUUUUGCUCCCAAACAUUUACUCCCAAUGUGCCAGAGGAGUACAUUCCACGGCCGUACAAUCCCCCCCCCCCCCCCCUCCCAGGGAGGCAAAGACUGAUUAAAAGCUGAAGGACAAUAGUGUGGUCUCGUCAGUGAGAUAAAGUCGAUUCAGUUCAUUCAAGGAUGUGUGAUUUUAGAAGGAAUAUAAGCUGACUGAUGAUGAAUAUUUUGUGGCAGGUUGUGUUGAAAGUGUUGAUGGUUGACUGUAAAGAUUUGACUCCAUUAAUAACUCACUUACUCUGCUGUCUGUAAUGGAUGUUCAGUAUGUGUAUGAACUACACUCUCGAGGGCCGUUGAACACAUGUUUACAUAGCAGAUGUGUUUGCCUCGCGCACAGCUGAAAUGUCAUGAGCUCUGCUUUGCAAAUAUUCGCUUGUAGUGAAGUGACCUAACACGAGAGCGGCCAUUCAGGGUCUGUGGCAGUGAGCGCUCGGAGGGAAGACGUAAUGUAUGUGUCUCGUUUUUCUCUCUUUGUUAUACAGCCGGGGAAUAGAUUUGUUUGUUUUUCCAAUUCUAUUAAAAAAGACUUGUUUGAGUUGACUGAAAUGAAAAGGACACACAUAGCUUGCGGCUAGCUGUGACCUUUGGCUCUCAAUUAGGAUAGCUAACAGUAAAGACAAGUCUUGGAAAAACAAAACAUUUUAUCCAGAAAGUGACGGAGGCUGGUGCUGACAAAUCGCCAAAUUACCUUUUGAAAGGUCAGUGUCCUGAUUUCAAACGAGUUAAGGUGUAUUUCAUUUUGAGAAAUGGAUCAAUAAAUCUCAGAUUUGAGUUGCAGUGGAAGGUAGCAAUGGAGUGAGAAAAAGUCCACAGAAAGUGCCUUUCCUCUUGAUGGUGCUGUAAACUGAAAGAUAAAAACAAAAUCUCCUUUUCAAGAACAUAUUGCAGUGCAGGAACGGCUGCAUCUACACACUCUUUUUUUUUUUUGUUUGUUAGAGAGAUGGCAAUGCAAACUCGUGUUUGUUGUUUUUAGAACUAAAGUCUACAGAUAAAUAAUAGAUUUUUAAAAAAGCCAAGUAUAUGGUUGUGGUUGAGCUUUCGCUUCCUAGUGCAUUCAGUGUCUUGGACCAAUGGUGUCGAUGGUACAGUGAAAUGUGUGUGAGAUAAGAGUGGGUGGUUUGAGAGGUUUGUUGGGGUUCGUUUUAGAAGACACUAGGGUGACACGGCCCUGCCCAAGAAUGACAAACAUAGCACAGCACUUUACAGACUGCCACUCCCACUCAGACACACACGCCCAAGAGGUUUCCCUCCAAUUCCUGAUCUCCUCCUCUUAAACCAGGGGGACGAGAGGAUGCCAACCUCGGAUGAAAACGAGGAGUCGAAAGGGACUCGUGUGUUACCAAACAGAAGCGGCCCGUUGUUCAAAGUGUGCCUCAUGCUCUUGUGACUUUGUCAGCGGCUCGCUUGCCUUCGGGUGGAGGAUUCCCUCCGGUUAACUCUGCUGGACAUGUAUGUACAGCUUGGGCUGGGUGUCAAAACAUGAUAUCGGUGCCUCCCGAUUAAAAAAAAUGUAGGAGACUUACAUUUUUUGAAAAGUCUUGUAUUUUUUACUGAAGUAUAUUCUGACUGAAGUAUCGAGAUUUUCUCCUUGAAGGGCAUUUUAAGAAUAAAAUUAGCAUAAGUAGGAUGUAAAAAAAGUUUGAUUUAUGGUAAAUAAAUGAUGAGUUGUUCCGAUAAUGAUACUAGUGACAAUAUCUCAUUCCAUCUAAAAUACAGUAUCGGUAUCCUCUUCUCCCAAAACUCAAGUAAUUUUAGUAAUUUAUCAAGCAGCAACAGUACAGCGCUAUGAUGCAAAUGUUUUUUAAUCACACUGGUAUCUGAGGGGGUUCUCGGGUAUCAGGUGAUACUUAGGUCUAGUUAUCGGAAAGGAAAACCUGGUAUUGGAACAUCUGUAUUAGUUUUAUCGAUUAAAUAAAACGCAACCAGAGUCAGUAUUUAAAGUGUUCCCAUGACGCCCAGCCCUAGCAGCAGCAGCAGCAGCAGCAGCAGCCCCUUUCUCAUCUUAGUGCCCUGCCUUGUGUCCUGCCUCUGAUGGAGGGAAAAUGUGCCCCAGCAGUCCUGAGCAGGGAGGGUGACGACUGAAAAGUUUGAAGGGUGGUCUGUAGUUCUGUGGGUACCUUUACAGUCCAGGGGAUGGGGAUGGGGAGGGGAUGGGGAUGGGGAUGGGGAAGGGGGGAUGGGGAGGGGGGGGGGGUGUAAUCUUUACAAACACUGCACCUCACUUACCUUGGUAUGCUGCAUCUGUUAUACUUCAUGAAAGAAAAAAAAACCCUGCAAACUGCUUUUAUUAUGACAUAUAAUGCUUGAGUAAUGCCUGAUUGCGAUAUUCUUAUACAGUAACUAUUUUAGAGUUGAAUAAGUAUAACUGUAAAAAAAAAUAUUCUGUUUUUGUCUUAACACUUAUCUGAAUUUGACGAAAUGUUCUUGAGCCGACUUUUGUUUUUUUUUUGUUUUUUGUUGUCCUAUUUAAAUGUGUUGUUUCUUUCAAAUUUAUAUAAGAAAUAUAUUAUGUGCGGAAUAUUUUAUGGUGUAUUUAUUGAGAGUGUGCGUUCAAGCGGCUGGAGUCUCCGCAUCGUAUUGCAGCAUGGUGGGGGCGGAGCCGGGAGUGAAACGAGGCCUUUAGCCCCUCCCCCUCCAUGAUGACGCCUUAUUCUCUUAGACACGCAAGCACAACAAUAUGGAGGGGGAAGCGAGGUGGACGAAAAGGACAAGGAGGAUUUGACCUGGUGAUUCAGAGCUGUGUAUCAUGUUUUUUUUUUUGUUGUUGUUGAUAUUUGCAGGUCAAAUCUUCCUCGUCCUUUUCUCAAUAUUCUUUUAACCCUCCAGUUUUUUAUUUUUUCUUUAACCAACUUUAGAAGGCCAAACGCUAACCCCCACAAGUUGCAGCUGACCUCUGACGAAGGGACCCAUUUCUGAACCACACUGACUGAAGUGUCCGAUAGCUGACUUUGUUUUUUUUCGUCGCAAGCUGCUAAUUGGUACGAUAGCCAUGUCAAUUCCCAGAGCCAGUAGAGAGCAGGCGGGAAAGCAAGAAUUCAAGACAUCUUCGGAUCCUGGUGUAAAUCUGAACACGCGUGUUGCUUUUUUCUUUCCUCUUUCAACUCGUCAAGUUUAGUUCUUCUUGUGCCAGAACACCUCACAGCAGUUCAAAAGGUCUCAUUCCACAAACACAGAAGACAUGCCUCAACCUUAAGUGCGUUCUUACACAUUCUACAGAUUUCUGUGUUACUUUGCGAUGCCCGUGUUUAGUCGCCUACCAUGAAAACAAGCUAACGAACAUACCGGUCUCGUCAUCUCUUUUUUUAUUUUGAUUUUCUCAUGUAAACCACUACUUUUGCUACAGGAUUGUAAUGUACCAACAAUGUAUAGGCUUUUUAAAGAAAUGACUCUGUCCUGUUUGGAACGAGGUCGGGGGGGUCAAACAGCAUUUGAAAAAAAUUCUUGGCAUUUAAAAAAAUAAAAAUAAAUCAGCAAACACAAAAAUGAGGAAGAGGUCAAAACUAUUGAUGACUUCAAAAUCAAAAGCUGGUUAUUGUUUUAUUUCUAUGGAGCCCCUGGAGGGACAUGGAGGGUAAAAAUGAAGGUUAAUCCCAAGAAAGUUUUAACGAUGCAAAGAGACAAUUGCAAGAAGUGCUCUCCAUGUCUCUCUGUGGGCUCCAUGUUUUUCCACUGAUGGCAAAUCCAAAGAGCAGUAUUUUCAGAUACAGUUUGACCCGGGUGCUGGAUUACAGAGACCUGUGCCUGUAUAAUGAACCAAGGAUGAGUUCUAUUGUCAUGAAUUUCUUUCCUUUUUUUAAACUGUUUUCAUUGGUUGUCCCUCACCCAAUCAGAGGACCAGAGACAUGGAGCUUUUUGAGUGCUGUCCCUCCUGUUACAAAGUUGAAAUAGAAACGGCCCUCUGUCCUCGUCUAUCGACGUUUACUGUAAUGUUUACCCCCACGGCUACCACUCGUUUAACCUGUUUUCAUGCCAUUAUCAUUCCAAUAAUGACUCUGAACCAAAAAUUGCACAAGAGAUUAGGCUCCUGACGCCGUGUUAUUCACAUGAUGGUUUUGAAGACAGAUACUCGACAGUGGCCAAGGAUUUAACGCCUGUGUGCGCUGAUUGUCAGAUUGGAUUUCCAUGUAGCAUCUCACUCUUUGUUUCAGUUUUAUUUCAAAGUAAAAAUCUGGGGCUCUGAUACCUCCGAGCGAGGCACCAGCAAACAGGUGUACUAUGUACACGUAGAACAGUGAGCCUUCUCCGCACCAGUCGAUCCAUGUCUCAGUCUCUCUGUGCUGCGAAGUCUCUGUUGUACCAACAGCUCUAUUCCUCUACGUUUGAAUGUGUCUUUUCUUUUUGUAACUCUCUCUCAUAGGUUCGUUGGCCUUUUAGUGUUGCUUUGCUUCAGUUUGGAGUGUAUCUUUGACUAAUACUUGCAAUAAAAUGCUUUGCUUUA